AUGGACUCCGAGACGUCUACGCCAUCCAGCUCUCAUUCUUCCUCUUCUCUCCACUUCACACCACCAGACACAGACGUCGAAAUGGAGAGCCUCACCGCACCAACAGCAGUCCACACAGACACAGGUACAGACCCACGGCUCGAGAAUGAAGAGAAGGUAGACACGCGCCAGUUCACAACGCGCGCAGUCGGCGUGGGCCUCCUCGUUGGCACGAUUGUGAACUUCUCAAACAUGUAUUUUGGCCUGCAGACCGGCUGGGUCUCCAUGAUGUCCAUGCCCUCCUCCUUGAUCGGGUUCGCGCUCUUCAAGACCUUCUCCGCGCACCUCUCGUACCCCUUCACACCCACCGAGAAUGUGCUCGUCCAGACCGUCGCCGUCGCCGUGGGCUCCAUGCCACUCUCCGCCGGCUUCGUCGGUGUGAUCCCCGCCCUCGAAACCCUUCUCCUCCCCUCCGAGGGCGGACCCCUCCACAUCUCCAUCCCAAAGCUCAUCCUAUGGAGUAUCGGCGUUGCCUUCUUCGGCGUCUUCUUCGCUGUCCCGCUGCGCCGCCAGGUCAUCGUCAAAGAGAAGCUCCCAUUCCCCAGCGGCACUGCAACAGCACUCAUGAUCGCCGUCCUCCACGGCAAGGACACCCGCAACCUCGUCGCAUCAUCCUCCUCCCCCAGCACCGAACCUGAGCGCCCACCAAGCACCGAGGACCACGCCCGCAGCUGGAAAUCCAAGACACGGCUCCUCGGCGGCGCCUUCUGCGUGAGCGCGGCCUACACGCUUGCUUCCUAUUUCGUCCCUGUGCUGCGCAACCUCCCGGUGUUUGGGCGGGGGCUCGCAACGCACUGGCUGUGGGCGCUGAACCCGAGCCCGGCAUAUGUGGGGCAGGGCAUCAUCAUGGGCACCUCGACGACGCUGCACAUGUUGCUCGGGGCGGUGGUGGGAUGGGGCGUGCUGUCGCCGCUGGCGAAACACAAUGGCUGGGCUCCCGGGCCAGUCGACGACUGGGCAAAGGGCAGCCGCGGCUGGAUCGUGUGGGUAAGUCUUGCAAUCAUGCUCAGCGACAGCGUUAUCUCGCUCGGCGGGCUGGUGCUGGAGCCUGCGGUGCGCGCGGUCAUGGCGAUGCGGCGGCGCGGCGACGGGGGAUCCGGAUCCUACCAGCGGCUUCUGCAGGGCGGCGACGAAGGCGAAGACGGCGCGCAGAACAGCUCCUACGAGUCUGUCGCCGGGACACUGCACCACCGGCGCCCCCGCAAGCCGCACCACGACCCUGCCGAAGAGGAGGAACCGGAAGACCUCCCGCCCUCGCACCUCGUCUCUAACAAGACCGUCAUCAUUGGCCUCUUCCUCUCUGGCCUCCUCUGCAUCUUCUCCACAACUCUCGUCUUCCCAACCGUCCCCCUCCCCGCAACCCUCAUAGCCUUCACCCUCGCACUCCUCCUCUCCAUCAUGGGCGUGCGCGCGCUCGGCCAGACAGACCUCAACCCCGUGUCGGGCAUCAGCAAGCUCACGCAGCUGCUAUUCGCCCUCAUCACCCCCAACGUGCUCACCAACCUGGUCGCCGGCGCCAUCUCCGAGGCCGGCGCACAGCAGGCCGGCGACAUCAUGCAGGACCUCAAAACCGGCUACCUCCUCCGCGCCUCGCCGCGCGCCCAGUUCCAUGGCCAGCUCAUCGGCUCCGUCGCUGGUGCGGUGGUCUCCGCCGUGGUCUACAGGCUCUACACAACGGUCUACCCCGUUCCCGGCGAGCUCUUCCAGGUGCCCACAGCAUACGUGUGGGUGGACUGUGCACGGCUCGUCAGCGGCGAGGGGCUUCCCAAGGGCGCGUGGACCGCGGCGUGUAUUGCUGCUGCGGCGGGUGCGGCAGCGACGCUCGCGAGGGGGUGGGGGCUGAAGGGGUCAAGGUGGAGGGAGUGGGUGCCAGGCGGUAUCGCCGUGGCCGUGGGCAUGUAUAAUGUCCCAAGUUUCACGCUGGCGAGGGCCGUGGGCGGAGGGGUGGCGUGGUGGUGGAAAGGCGAGGAGACGACAUUGGUGAUUUUGGCGAGCGGGCUGAUAUUGGGGGAGGGCGUGGCGAGCGUGGUGUCUCUGGCGAUGGCGAGUGUGGGCGUGCCGCAUUUGUAG